UACCGCCGGUGGACUGCCUUCAAAUAUCUCCCAGAGCAGCCUGGAAGAUUUUAUUCAUAUAACUUGUUCACUAUUUUGUUUUUUUGAAAUUUGAUUUGUCCUUCCUAGUUCGAUUUUGGGUACAGGGAAACGCUCAUCACAAAGGUUUUAUCGACGUAGCCUGUAGCGGGUUCACUUGGCAGACCCGCUGUGCCCCGUUCGAAAUGAUGAGAUCUAGAGCAUACCGCGUUGAAACUCGUUUACACGAGCAUCAAGGCUUAAAAUUUUCGAUGCCACUCGGGUUAUUUCCUUUGCAUAAAAGACUGCUUGCCCGUUCUUCUUAUCCAAGUUCCCACUCGCCAAUUCUCGUCUUUCAUAUACCGACACCGAAAGCUUACAAUGCCUUAUGGUAACCAUCUUCAAGUGGCUUCAACACCUCUGGCUAGCUCUUCCACUCUACAUACCGAUGUGGAAGACAAGCGGACCACCCAUCCUCCUUUUACACCCCUGGCUAGCUCGGAUACACUGAUACAUCACGACGAGCCACAUCAAUCUCAGACUUCAGAUCCGGAGAAGUGUCAAGAUAUCGAGGCGCUCAAAUCCGGUAUUAAGGUUGAUGUUUCUGCCACUUCCGAUAUUUCGUAUACUCCUCCAGAUGGUGGAUUCAAAGCCUGGAGCACCGUCCUCGGUGCCUCUUUGGUUGCGUUUACUACCUUCGGAUUUUCAAAUGGAUAUGGAGCUUUCUCCGACUUUUACAAUGCGGAAUACCUCACAAAUUUCUCCCCUACGCUCAUAUCCAUGAUUGGUGCGCUGCAAGUAUUCAUGCUCUAUAUCUUUGCUGGUGUUGCUGGAGCAGUGUUUGACGCUGUUGGUCCUCGAUAUCUCAUACCAUCGAGCGGGGUCAUUGUCGUCCUAUCCCUAUUCUUGUUGUCCUUCACGCAGCCUCAGAAGAUAUACCAGCAGUUUCUUUGCCAGUCGGUCCUGUUCAGUAUUGGCGCAACAUUUGGAUUCUUUCCGGCCAUUGCUCUUAUGUCGCAUUGGUUCAAAAUGAAGAUGCCUUACGCUGUAGGAUGUCUCGUUUCGGGCGCUAGUCUAGGGGGAAUCAUAUUCCCCAUCAUGCUCAAUACCCUUAUUCCACGUAUUGGUUUCGGAUGGACAAUUCGAGCCAUCGCGCUCAUCUCGCUCCUCUGUUACCUUGUCGCCGUCCUUACUAUUUACCCUCGGCGGCCUACUAAACCCCUUCCCCGCUUCACCCAGCUACUGGACUUUCAGGGUUUCAAAGACCCAUGCUACCUGUUCCUCGCUUUGGGUUGCUGGUUCGCUGUAUUCUCAAUUUGGAACCCGUUUUUCUAUGUUGGACUUUCUGCCAAGAUGGCUAAUCCUGGAUCACCCCUCAACGAGUAUUAUCUUGCUAUACUUUGUGCCACGUCGAUUGUGGGCAGGGUGAGUCCGGGAUUGAUUGCGUUCCGAGUCGGAAGGUUCAAUCUCCUGUGGAUUUCGACCUUUCUUUCUGCCACACUUAUAUUUGCGCUCUGGUACACUUCGUUCUCAGAAGCGAAUCUUGUGACAUUCGUGGUGCUGUAUGGUAUCGCUGCCGGCCCUUUCUUCACCUUGAUACCUCCUUGUGUUGCUUCAAUAUCUCCAAUCGAAAAAGUUGGUGCACGCUUGGGAUCAAUUUACGCGUUCAUGGCCUCCGCUUGUCUCGCCGGUACUCCGAUUGGAGGUAUGUUCAUUAGAACGCGAACCGAGGCCAACUUCAAACACUUAAUCUUAUUUUCUGGUUUAAUGGCAUUUGUUGGCGCUGCAUUCCUCUUUGCAGCAAGAAUGUUGAGGGAUAGACGUGUUUUUGCUAUAGUAUGAUUUGCCCUUGAAUUACUGUAGGUUUUGGAACUAUUAGAUUUAGAUUUCAUGUUGUCCUAAUGAUUAGAGAUUUUUAUAGACCCGCUAUAUAUAUAUUUCACUCACAUAUUGAUUCACUUGUAUAGAUUCACUUGUAAACCUUCUACGUAGAACAGUAAUCACAGGAAGGAUGCUAAGCAACUUG